GUGACUGAGGACCCUUUAAUUCUGCAGACUUGUAAAUACUGGCCGAGUUCUGCUGUAUGGAGCAAUGUUGAGAUUCCAAGAAGUUGCUAAGCAUGGUACUCCUCUUAUGCCCAUUUCUACUUGCUCAAAGACCUUGAUUGCAGGAAGAUACACUAUUCAACAGAAACUUGGGCGUGGAAGCUUUGGAACUGUCUACUUGGUUUCUGACAAAAAAGCAAAAGAAGAAGAACAACAAUUGAAAGUUUUGAAAGAGAUCUCCGUGGGAGACAUCAAGCCUAAUGAAACAGUUGAGGCAAAUCUAGAAGCACAGUUGCUGUCCAGGCUAGACCACCCAGCCAUUGUCAAAUUUUAUACCAGCUUUGUAGAAGGAGAGAGUUUUUGCAUCAUCACUGAAUACUGUGAGGGUCGAGACCUCGACUUCAACAUUCAGGAGUACAAAAAAACUGGCAAAGUAUUUCCUGAAAGCCAAAUAGUAGAAUGGUUUAUACAGUUGUUACUUGGAGUCAACUACAUGCAUGGAAGGCGAAUACUUCACAGAGAUUUGAAAGCAAAGAAUAUUUUUUUGAAAAACAAUCUUCUUAAAAUCGGGGACUUUGGUGUUUCUCGACUUUUGAUGGGAUCCUGUGAUUUAGCAACUACUUUUACUGGGACGCCUUUCUACAUGAGUCCCGAGGCCCUGCAACACCAGGGUUAUGACACAAAAUCAGACAUCUGGUCCCUAGGAUGCAUUUUGUACGAGAUGUGCUGUUUGGAUCAUGCAUUUACUGGUCACAAUUUUUUGUCCAUUGUUUUAAAAAUUGUGGAAGGUGAUGCACCAUCUCUGCCAGCAAUCUAUCCAAGUGAACUUGAUACCUUGCUUCACAGCAUGCUGAGCAAGGAUCCUUCACAGAGGCCAUCCGCUGCAGAGAUUUUAAGGAUUCCAUACGUUCGUGAUCAAUUACAGAACAUGAAGUGUAAAUUCACAAAUAUGACUCUUAAGGACCCAGCGCUUAAUUCUCAGGAAGAAGCCGCUCAUAUCAUUAAUGUUGUGCAGAAAAAAGUACAUCUACAAACUCUGAGGGCCCUCUCGGAAGUGCAGAAAAUGACACCGCGUGAACGAAUGAGACUGCGAAAGCUGAGCAUUGCUGACGAGACAGCGCAGAAGCUGAAGCAGUUGGCUGAAGAAAAAUAUCAAGAGAAUCUCAAGAGAAUGCAGGAGCUUAGAUCCCGUAACUUCCACCGUGUGAAUAUAGAUGUGCUUCAUGAACCUGAUGAACAGACAGCAGAGCAUCUGAUUAAAUCUCAGCCAGUCACUACGUUGAACUAUCUGUCCAUAGGAUGUGAGGAUCAAAGUGACAGUGAUGCAACAGGCAGACUCUGUAUGUCUGAUCCUGUGGAGCGCGAGAUUCCAGAAGAUCCAGUCAUUGCAGAAGAGUAUUAUAAUGAUGCAUUCGAUUCAUGCUCAGAAACAAGUGAGGAGGAGGAGGAGGAGGAGGAGGAGGAGGAGGAGGAGGAGAUAGAAGUCGAAGAGAUGGUCACAUCACAGACUGUGUGUCAAACAAAUCGGCAGGACAGUGAUGUUGAAGCAAUGGUCAGGUACAUGGAGAACAUCCUAAACACCAGCUGUCCAGGCCCUGGGACUGUCACCAGAGCGACUCCGCUGGGACCCGAACGAUCAGGAGUGCUGAGCGGCACCACGGCUGCGACCAAGCUGAGGAGUAUGAGGGAGUCAGCCAUUCAGAAACUGGGAACAGAAACCUUUGAAAAAGUUUAUGAAUUCCUGCAACGAGCAAGACGACAGAAUGCAAGUGAAAAUGAAAUCAGAGAAUACCUGGAAAAAAUGGUGUCUCGGGCAAGUGACUGUUUUGAAGUAGAUCAGCUCCUCUAUUUUGAAGACCAGCUGAAGGCUUCUGAAGAUGCCUCCGUGUGACAUAGAAGAAUGGUUUUACUUGGAUCAUCAGAAAUCAAUAAACAGGGCACUGUUCAGAUGGAAGCAGGCAUCGUGCCAUAGGGAUAGGGCAAUGAGUAGCAUGGAGACACGGGAAUAAUGUAUGCCAUUUUGCUAUCUUCUUAUUUGAGACAAAUAGUACUCUUACCAUCUCCAGGUGAAAUCAGGAGAUUUUUGAUUGAUUCCUACAGCAGUAUUGACACUUUGAGCUCAAUAAUCAUUGCCUCGAAAACUGCUGGAUUAUGGUUGCUGAUCGCAUGCGUGCAUACUUAAGUACUCCACUGGGAGAAAUUGGGGUGUUCAAAAGCCUGCAUUUCAGCCACGUUUCAAAAUGAUAUGCAAGGAAAGGCAUGAGAUGUGAGGUACAGGGAUAAUAUGGGAUGAAGGGAGGAGAAAACACUUCACUUUGAUUUACUUCUGUCAUGCAAAGAAGGAACCUUGUAAGGAAUUUUUAAAAUCAAUGUUGGGGCUGAAUCAGAUGGUCUCCAGCAAACAUUUUCAGUGUGACAAAGGUGCUCUGAGAAUGGGGGGAAAGGUUUCUAAAAUCCCCCAAGAAGUUUGCCUCUUUUUGCACCAGUUUUCUGCUUGUUUGCUUCUUCAAUCAACUGCAGCAUUUUUGUCUGUUUCAAAAUUAGACCCUCUUCCUUACAAUCAGUUGGUACUGCAAAGGGAUUAUAAUGAAGUAUGGCUGACAUAGCCUCAUGCCAUUUUCUUCUGCCUAUAUACCAGAUGUUGGGAGGAAGGAUGGUUAAGGUUGCCUGAAUGUGUGCCAGGGCUGCAUUCCUAUCUUCUCCCCGCAACACUUCCAUGACAAAACAAACCCUACAAAAGAUCUAAAGAAAAAAGGGGGCGGGGUUAAAAUAUUUGCAGAACACGCAUUGCAGGUGUGCUUUUGCCCUAGUAGAUGAAUUGCCUUGUAAAAUAUUAACCUGUAAAUAUCAUGCUUUUUUCUGUUUAUACCAGUGAUCUGUGACCAUGCUUUAUCUGAAAUUCCUAACGCCAGCAUUUCCUCUUCCCAUU